CAAUAUGAGUGAUACAUUUAUUGUGAGUGAAAGCGGAAAGAAUAUUAAUUUUUUACUACCUAAUUUAUUAAUUAAUUAAAAUGAGCGAAAAUCAUAAAUUUCGCAUGAAAUUUUGUUCACACCUUCGAAAACAGGUUUUUUCGCUAGAAUUUUUUUAGUUUUUCUUACUUUUUUGAAAUGAAAUGAGUUUACAAAUAAAAAAGUGCGCCUGUAUGGGUGUAUUGCAUUCAAGCAUGUUGUUAAUAUCCAUGUGAAAUUCAAAAACCAUUAUAAAAUUCUAUUAAAAGCAUAAGAAUGAAUUUGAAAAUAACAAAAAAAAAAAUAAUGGAAGAAAAAAAUUUGGAAUAAUGAAAAGCGCGCAGAAUUUCACAGCAAAUGUGAGACGUCGUUUGUCGUUGCAAUCAUUCUGUUUUUGAAUUCGGUCCGCAUUGCAACACACAGAAUUUCUAAGAAGACAUAAUGGAUGAGGAUCUGACUCCCGAACAAAUCGCCGUGUUGCAAAAGGCCUUCAACAGUUUCGAUCACCAAAAAUGCGGCAGCAUCUCAACUGAAAUGGUCGCUGAUAUUUUGCGCCUCAUGGGUCAGCCCUUUGACAAGAAGAUCUUGGAGGAGCUCAUCGAUGAAGUUGAUGAAGACAAGUCUGGUCGCUUGGAAUUCGAGGAAUUCGUUCAACUUGCCGCCAAAUUCAUCGUUGAGGAGGAUGACGAAGCCAUGCAAAAGGAAUUGCGUGAAGCCUUCCGUCUGUACGACAAACAAGGCAAUGGCUACAUUCCUACCUCUUGCUUGCGUGAAAUCUUGCGUGAAUUGGACGAUCAGCUGACCAAUGAAGAGUUGGACAUCAUGAUUGAGGAAAUCGAUUCUGAUGGUUCCGGCACCGUCGAUUUCGAUGAAUUUAUGGAAAUGAUGACUGGCGAAUAAAUAUUUAUUUUAAUACCUAAAUACUAGAAAGUUUUUCAUCUUGUAUAUAUACACCUAAAUACAAUUGUAGCUAAAUACCUAAUACACUCACACACAAAUACACAUGUAAAUACCAGAACAUCGAAUGGCGGUAUAUUAACACCGCAAUGGCAACCUUGCCAGAAAACAGAUAUGUACUUACGUAUAUAAACACAUACACCUUAUUUAUUGUAUAAUGUAACAGAGCUUUGGCAAAUAAAUUUGUUUUAUCUUCUUUUUGUAAAAA